CCCUGAGGUUCCGUGCCGAGUUGGUUGAUACAAUUACCCCACACGCAUCCAUGGCCAAUGAAAUAUACACUACACACACAAUUGAUUUCGGUGUCUUCACCAUGCCGAACCGAUCCCAUGUGCUCGGCACCACCACGGAGUUGUUUCGCUCAGCUCAGUAGCGCAUUCUCAUCCAUCAUUAGCACACACCGCCGGAGGCUGCAGCGCUGAGGCUCGAGCCCUCACUCAAUUCCUGUAAAAGCUUUCAUUUGACCUAUUUGCCGGUGUUACUUGCCAGACCUUCAGCUUACCCUGCGUCCCGCUCAUGCAAUGAUCUCCGAGGAAGGUACCCGAGAUGUACAGGAUUCUCCUCACAUCGUGGUUGAAGUCGGAGGCCCAGUCGUCGCCUGCUAUAACGAAGUCAAUGCAGAUAUCGAGCACGCUACUGUGGAAGAUGAUCCUCUGAAAUGGGGAAAUGCGCGCAAGACCGCUGUUCUGAUUUUGGUUUCAGCUGGCUCUAUGAUCGCAGGGUUGGCCGUUAGCAUACAAAAUCCGGCAAAUGCCCAAAUUCAAAAUGACCUGCGGGCAUCUGCCUCAGAAAUUAGCUGGACGAUAUCGGUCUUUAUUCUUUUUCAGGGACUCCCUGGACUUAUUUGGAGCGCCAUCAGCGAAAUCAAAGGACGCAAGUUUGUCUACAUAUCAUCUGUGGCACUAUUUGUGGUCGCCUCUGCCAUGGUCGCCGUGUCCAAAACUAUUGGUCUGGUAAUUGGAAUGAGAGGCCUUCAAGCUGCUGGUUCAAGCGCGCUCCUGUCAAUUGCUGCAGCUACACUAGCAGAUAUCUACGAACCCCGUGAGCGAGGCACUAAAAUGGGCAUAUAUUAUUCUGCUCCGCUCUUGGGGACAGCGUUGGGCCCAAUAUUGGGUGGUCUGCUGACACAGGGCUUGGGCUGGCGCUCUGUCUUCUUGUUCAUCACUAUCUGCGCCGGAGUUGUUCUCCUUGGUCUGGUUUUCCUAUUCAAAGAUACUUUUAGGAAGGAGCGUAGUCUGACAUAUCAAAAUGUCCUGCAAAGGAGGACAAAGGAGGGGGAAUUACAACAUCAUCACAUGGACAAAACCAGUCUCGCCUUUCCUGCCACUGACAAGCCCGCACAACCUAUACUAGAAAGUAUGGCUUCUCCACAGCAAACAGGGGAGCUUGUCAUCGAGGCGAAUGUCCCUAUCGUACCUGCUUCAAGUAUUAAAGAUAUCAACUUGUCGCUCGCAGAUGUCAAUCCCUUCCCCCCGCUUCUGAAUAUUCUUACACGCUCAAAUAAUCUCACAAUACUAUUUGCUUCUGGUUUGAUAUUCGCUUUCAGCUACAGCCUUUUAUACACUUGUUCGAGAACAUUGUCCGAACACUACGGCUACGACGCUCUCCGAAUUGGUCUAGUACUACUCUCGUAUGGAAUAGGCUCUAUAUGUGGAUCCACGCUUGGUGGCCGCUGGUCCGACCGAACAUUCUCCAGGUUGAAGCAAGAACAUGGAGGCAAAUGCUUUGCUGAGAUGCGAUUGGCCAGCACCCGGCCUGCCAUGUUGUUCUUACCACCGGCUGUACUUGGAUAUGCUUGGGUUUGCGAGAAGCACGUGCAUAUCGCGGCCGUCUGUAUUAUGCUCCUUCUUUGUGGAUUCCUCUCAACAUGGGUCUUCGCAAGCACGCUGGCAUACAUUGUGGAUGCCAACCCAGGCCGCUCAUCGACGGUUGUUGCCGCGAAUAGCGCAUUUCGAUGUGUUUUUGCUUUCGUUGCUACUGAAGUGGCUAUUCCGCUUCAGGUUGCCAUUGGCGAUGGUGGCUUGUACACCCUCUGGAGCGGCCUUAUGAUAAUAAUGCAAGUCCUGAUACUGGUUGUCCUUUACAAGGGCAGGAAAUGGCGAGAGGCAUGUGAGGAGAAAGACAAGCGAAUGUCGCAACAAUCCUGAUUACGCUGAAAAAUGCCUAUUGACAUACUGCUACUGCAGAAAUUACAUUAAGGGCCCAUUGGAAAUAUGUUUGUAUACAUAUACUUAUAGUAUUAG